AGAAGAAGAAGAAGAAGAAGAAGAGGCGGUGUCCCAUUUUAGAAGGCGGGCGGGUGGGUGGGAUCCGGGGCUGGGAAGCGCCGCCGUGGCCUCCGCCGCCGAUCGCGGGAGGAAGCGAUGCGGAGCGGGCGAAAAUGGCAGAGCUGCAGAUGUUACUAGAUGAGGAGAUCCCGUCCGGCAAGAGGGCGCUCAUAGAGAGUUACCAGAACCUGACCCGGGUGGCGGACUACUGUGAGACCAACUACAUCCAGGCUCCAGACAAAAGAAAAGCAUUAGAAGAGACCAAAGCAUACACAACCCAAUCCUUAGCCAGUGUUGCUUAUCAGAUAAAUGCGUUGGCCAACAAUGUACUUCAGUUGCUGGACAUCCAGGCCUCCCAGCUGCGGAGAAUGGAGUCUUCCAUCAACCAUAUCUCCCAGACUGUGGACAUCCAUAAAGAGAAAGUGGCCCGCAGAGAGAUAGGCAUUUUGACAACCAAUAAGAACACAUCAAGAACUCACAAAAUCAUAGCACCUGCAAACAUGGAACGUCCUGUAAGGUACAUUCGAAAACCUAUAGACUACACAAUGCUGGAUGAUGUGGGCCAUGGUGUAAAGUGGCUAAAAGCCAAGCAUGGAAAUAACCAGCCUGCAAGAACUGGCACGCUGUCGAGAACAAAUCCGCCUACCCAGAAACCACCGAGCCCUCCCAUGUCAGGCCGAGGAACUUUGGGGCGAAAUACUCCAUACAAAACCCUGGAACCUGUUAAACCACCAACAGUUCCUAAUGAUUAUAUGACAAGUCCUGCCAGACUUGGAAGCCAGCACAGUCCAGGAAGGACAGCAUCUUUAAACCAGAGACCAAGAACACACAGUGGUAGUAGUGGAGGAAGUGGAAGUCGAGAGAACAGCGGAAGCAGCAGUAUUGGCAUUCCCAUUGCCGUGCCUACACCUUCACCACCAACUAUCGGGCCAGCACAUAUUUCUGUCCCUCCUCCCUCUGGAGCUCCUCCAGCACCACCACUGCCUCCACCUCUACCGACGUACAAUAUGAUAGUGGCCCCGGGUUCAGCUCCUGGUUCCCAGUAUGGCACAAUGACCAGGCAGAUUUCUCGACACAACUCUACCACUUCUUCGGCAUCUUCGGGUGGAUACAGAAGAACGCCCUCUGUGACUGCUCAGUUUUCUGCUCAACCUCAUGUUAAUGGUGGUCCUCUUUACUCUCAAAACUCAAUUUCAAUUGCUCCACCCCCUCCCCCUAUGCCUCAGUUGACUCCACAGAUACCUCUCACAGGCUUCGUGGCCAGGGUGCAGGAAAACAUUGCUGAUAGUCCAACUCCUCCACCACCACCUCCACCAGAUGAUAUGGCCAUGUUUGAUGAUUCCCCUCCUCCUCCCCCACCGCCCCCAGUGGAUUAUGAGGACGAGGAAGCUGCAGUAGUGCAGUAUAAUGAUCCCUAUGCAGACGGCGAUCCAAGCUGGGCCCCCAAGAGUUAUAUUGAAAAAGUCGUUGCGAUAUACGAUUAUACAAAGGACAAGGAUGAUGAGCUGUCUUUUAUGGAGGGUGCAAUCAUUUAUGUUAUAAAGAAGAAUGACGAUGGCUGGUAUGAAGGAGUCUGCAAUAAAGUGACUGGCCUGUUCCCUGGGAAUUAUGUUGAAUCAAUCAUGCACUAUGCUGAUUAAACUUCUUUUGCUUUUCCAAUGGGAUCUUGUAUCCAAUCAUACCGUGAUUAUCUACCAGGGGCAAGUAUCAAGGUUAACAGAGUUGUCUUAAUAUGUUUAAAAAUGUGCCCAUCUUUUCAUUCAGGACAUGCUGUUUUAUUGGUAUGAUUGAAUGUCCAUUCAUAAGCAUCAAUCUUGGGAGACAGUCGAUUCACUGCUCUGUGGCAGUGUAUUUCAAACGACUGUCUGCUCUUGGUUAUGCUUGUGUAUUUACUUCUGCAUUGUUAAUUUUAUGACCGGCCUAAAUAUUCUUGGGAAGUAGGGUAUAGUAUUUAAUGAAUCAUGAUUCAGAUUGUGCCAUUAUAUUUUUUCAGUGCAGCAUGGUAACUAACACUACGUUAGACUAACACAUUAAAAUCUGGGAAAAAAAAAGUUUAAUGCUAGUGCUGGUCAUCCUACCUUUUGUUUAGACUAUUGCUCAUUCUUGAACUAUACUAUUUGUUUAAAGCAUGCAUACAGUCUUAUGUAUUGAAAUAUCCUUUUUUAAAAAAAAUCCAAGAUGCUUCCAAUUUGUCGUAAUCUUCAUCUGGAUUACUCACACUAAAAGUCUAUUGCAAUGGAUUGUUGCGUCUCUGAGGUCCAUGUGAAACAAACAAAAAAAAAUGGGUGGUCUUCUGUAUGUUGUAAUUUGUACCUGAGUUUUUUUAAUGAGUGAAUUUGCAUUCUGAAUUUUUUCAUUCAUAAAUACAUAAGUGAACCAAAGGUCUUGUCCCUUCCUUCAUUGGUUUGCUUGGUUAUGGUAUCCAAAAUCAGGGAAAUAGUAAAAUUAUGCUUCUGUUGUUGUUUUUAUCUUCUAGACAGUGCAUUAACGAAGGACAAAAGUAGUAGUAGGCUUAUCUUAUCCAUGACAAGAUCCUGAGUAAAGUGUAGUCAUAUGCUGGAGUAAAAUCGGAAAAACGAAUUCACUUAUCAGAUUAGGAGAAAUCUGAAGGGCAGUUCUAAGAACUAGUGAAAAUUCUGUUUGGAAAGGAUUUCCUAAGUAAAUACAGGACCCAACUCAUCAACUGUUUAAUUGGCCACACUACUCCAUGAAUUUCAGAGAUGAUGUUCCCAAACACUGCAAAUCAAAUGUUGAGUUAGUGCCAGGAAGUGAGUUUGAACAUAAUUUUACAGAAACCCUUUUUUGGAGCAAUAGAUACCUGAAGUACCGGCAGGAAACAUAAAUCUGUUCCGUUUCGCUCUCACAAUCCAGAGCCAAAGCCCCAAAGGAGACUAGAUAGAUACAUAUGAAUUACAAUGAAGACACAGCCAAACCAAAAAGAUUGUGUUACCAGUAACCUAUGCUCUGUGUGGUUUCUCCUUUGAUAGAAGGAAGGGGUUCCGGUGAAGAAACAGAAAGAGGAGACGUUCUGUUCUUGGUUUCUACAAAUAUGCAUUACUUAGGAUGCUAAAGUGGGACCCUUGAAUUUAUCAAGAAUUCAACUGGAUUUCAAAGUGAAGUCAAUUUUGCCAGCUACUGUAGACUUUGAAUAGCAGGGUAAUGAAAAGACUAGUGGCUUGUCCCGUAAACUGGUGACUUUAAUUUUUGGUGCAGAAUUAGAAAUAUCUUGACACUUUCACUGCUCCCUGCCCAGUGUGAUUUUUUCCAAUGCUUUUUAAACAUUGUAAACAUGAUUUCAGCACCAUUAGUGACCAAGUACCUUAUUUGUAUUUCCUUUUAUCAAUCAGAAAUUCUUCUAAAUUGUAUAUAACCUGUUGUCUAAAUUUUAUGUACAGUCUUUUAUAAUAAACCAUUCUCCUAUAUACA